CAGUUGGGCCCCGCCUGCCCGGUCUUCACCGGCCGGGGCAGUCCUCCUAGGUUGGGGGGGCGGGACACCCGGGUCUCUGGGGGCGGGUGGCCACUCAGGGCAGGGCGGGGCCGGCUGUGCGAGGGUUAACCCUCCCUUCCCCCGUCCACCUGCUUUCCCUUCCCCCGCGUGCCCUGAGCUGACCUUAGUCCGCUCCUUUCCCCGCCCCUGGCGGCGGCGGUGCGCGGCGCCCGCGGCUGUUGUCACCCACCCGGCUGCCUGUCCUUGUCCUCACCGCGGGGUUUGCCGCCCCGGCCGGGCAGGAAACCGACGGCUGCCUUACCACCACCACCACCGCCAUGCUGGCUGCUCGCCCACAUCACUGGGGACCCCACCGCGCCCCAGCCCCUCGUGGGCCCCGCACCAGCCCUGACCCGGGUCUCAGCGGCGGUGGCAGCCGAGGUACAGGAUGCGAGAAGGCGCCCCCCGGCCGGGCUCCCGCUCCAGGCCUCGCACCCCUGCGGCCCUCUGAGUCCACCAUGGCCGUCCCACCAGGCCAUGGGCCCUUCUCUGGCUUCCCGGUGCCCCAGGAGCACAUGCAGGUAUUGCCUGAUGUGCAACUGCUGCCUGGGAGGCUGCCCCUGGCCUUCCGGGAUGCAGCCUCAGCCCCGCUGCGCAAGCUCUCUGUGGACCUCAUCAAGACCUACAAGCACAUCAAUGAGGUAUACUAUGCGAAGAAGAAGCGGCGGGCCCAGCAGGUACCACCCCAGGACUCAAGUACCAAGAAGGAGAAGAAGGUCCUGAACCACGGUUAUGAUGAUGACAACCAUGACUACAUUGUGCGCAGUGGUGAGCGCUGGCUGGAGCGCUAUGAAAUUGACUCUCUCAUAGGCAAAGGCUCCUUUGGCCAGGUGGUGAAAGCCUAUGAUCAUCAGACCCAGGAGCUGGUGGCCAUCAAGAUCAUCAAGAACAAAAAGGCAUUCCUGAACCAGGCCCAGAUUGAGCUGCGGCUGCUAGAGCUGAUGAACCAGCACGACACGGAGAUGAAGUACUACAUAGUGCACCUGAAGCGGCACUUCAUGUUCCGGAACCACCUGUGCCUGGUGUUUGAGCUGCUGUCCUACAACCUGUAUGACCUCCUACGCAAUACACACUUCCGUGGCGUCUCGCUGAACCUGACCCGGAAGCUGGCACAGCAGCUCUGCACAGCGCUGCUCUUUCUGGCCACACCUGAGCUCAGCAUCAUUCACUGCGACCUCAAGCCUGAGAACAUCCUGCUCUGCAACCCUAAGCGCAGCGCCAUCAAGAUUGUGGACUUUGGCAGCUCCUGCCAGCUUGGCCAGAGGAUCUACCAGUAUAUCCAGAGCCGCUUCUACCGCUCCCCUGAGGUGCUCCUGGGCACGCCCUACGACCUGGCCAUUGACAUGUGGUCCCUGGGCUGCAUCCUGGUGGAGAUGCACACGGGAGAGCCCCUGUUCAGCGGCUCCAAUGAGGUGGACCAGAUGAGCCGCAUCGUGGAGGUGCUGGGGAUCCCACCAGCCCCCAUGCUGGAGCAGGCACCCAAGGCUCGAAAGUACUUUGAGCGACUGCCUGGGGGUGGCUGGACCCUACGACGGACAAAGGAACUCAGGAAGGAUUACCAGGGCCCUGGGACACGGCGGCUGCAGGAGGUGCUGGGCGUGCAGACGGGCGGGCCCGGGGGCCGGCGGGCGGGGGAGCCGGGCCACAGCCCCGCCGACUACCUCCGCUUCCAGGACCUGGUGCUGCGCAUGCUGGAGUAUGAGCCUGCCACCCGCAUCAGCCCUUUGGGGGCUCUGCAGCACGGUUUCUUCCGCCGCACUGCCGACGAGGCCACCAACACAGGCCCGGCAGGCAGCAGUGCCUCCACCUCACCCACACCCCUCGACACCUGUCCCUCCUCUAGUACCGCCAGCUCCAUCUCCAGCUCUGGAGGCUCCAGUGGCUCCUCCAGUGACAACCGGACCUACCGCUACAGCAACCGAUAUUGCGGGGGCCCUGGGCCCCCCAUCACUGACUGUGAGAUGAACAGCCCCCAGGUCCCACCCUCCCAGCUGCUGCGCCCCUGGGCAGGGGGUGAUGUGCCUCACAAGACACAUCAAGUCCCUACCUCUGCCUCAUCACUGCCGGGGACUGGGGCCCAGUUACCCCCCCAAUCCCGAUGCCUUGGCCGUCCCCCAUCACCAACCUCAUCACCACCCCCGGAGCUGAUGGAUGUGAGCCUGGUGGGCGGCCCUCCAGACUGCUCCCCACCUCACCCAGCGCCUGCCCCCCAGCACCCGGCUGCCUCAGCCCUCCGGACUCGGAUGACAGGAGGUCGUCCACCUCUCCCACCCCCUGAUGACCCUGCCACUCUGGGGGCUCGCUUGGGCCUCCGUGGUGUACCCCAGAGCACAGCAGCCAGCUCAUGACCCUGCCCCCUCUCUGGGUCCCCUCCUGAAGCCAUACCCCCUCCCCAUCUGGGGGCCCUGGGCUCCCAUCCUCAUCUCUCCCCUUGACUGGAAUUGCUGCUACCCAGCUGGGGUGGGUGAGGCCUGCACUGAUUGGGCCCAGGGCAGGGGGUCAAGGAGAGGGGUUUGGCCACACUCUCCCCACUAAGGACUGGACCCUUGGCCCCCUCUCCCCCCUUGUUUUCUAUUUAUUGUACCAAAGACAGUGGUGGUCCGGUGGAGGGGAGACUCCCCUUACCCUAGGGCCCUAGGAGGGGGUGGGGGCAGGUAGGGGGAGAUGGCCUUGCUCCUCCUCGCUGUACCCCCCAGUAAAGAGCUUUCUCACAUGCCUGCCUGAGCGUUUGCAGGGCCUUGGUCCCCUCACCCGACCCUCAGAGGCAUGGUGGGGCAGGGUUUGGGAAAGGGGGUUCCAGAAGAGCUCUGGUGUUGAUACAUCCCUUCUGGGGAAGUUACGGCUGUUGACAGAGGCAUGGGGCUGCAGGAGUCCUGGAGCUAAAGAAUCCUGGAUAGGGUCCUGGACCGUAUUUGCCUUUUUCAGGGUAAACUGAGACCAUGAAGGAGUAAAUUCCCCCUUCUGGCCUGUCUCUGGGAAACACUAUGUUAUGCCCUCAUAAAUCAGGGCUCCCGGAGUCUGCACAAGAGCAACUCCUACCAGGCAGGCAUCCAGUAGGUGUUGGGUGCCCUUGGCAGGGCUUGUUUGUGCCAUCUGGGAGCAGGCAGGCAGUGGGUACAGACAAUCCACACGUCUGGUUCCAUCCUUUGGAAUUGCGGAGCAAAGCAUUUUGAGAGGCUCAGGCAAAAAGAUACUCCCUGGGUUCCAGGUAAGUGGUCUUGUUUCCAUGGCAGUUUGGAAAUUUCUGUCUCCCAACGGGCCAAUCAAGAAUCGCCUGGUUCAAAGGGUAGGUUAUCUCCCCAUUGGGGCGCGGCUGUUCCUGGGAAAUGGAGUUCUACAUGGCAAUCUCCUUACUUCCUUUUUUUUUUUUUUUUUUAAAUACAUGGAGAACUACAAAGACCAGAAUUCUCUUCGCUCACACGCUUGGGGGAGGGUUCUCGGGAAGCAAAUCAGCGGUGGGGGGCAGCUGAAAGCCGGAUGUUGGAGGCGGGUCGGUAGAGGUAGAGAGCCCAUGAUUGGGUGGUUUUGCUUUGUGCGCUGCCUAGGUGCCGAGUUUUGCUGGGUGUACGAAAGGUGGACUUGGGCUAAGAGGGCGGAGCGCACAGGUUAGACUUGGGCAAUUUCAGAGCAACUUCGUGGGCACUGAAACCUGAAGUGGCUGCGUUGUGCGGUGUACCAAUGCCCAGUCUGUCCGGGUUAGGACGUGGGCGACGGAUCUGUACCUGUUGACCAAUGAGAACUUGAGAUGCCGUGGGAACCCAGAGAAAACAUGGGUAGGGAGAUCUUCCUGGAAAGGUAGGACCUAUCUUAGUUGAGAUCGGAAAACGAAAAAAAUGUAUUGGGGAUGGUAUGGUAGAACGGCAUGCGCAAAAGCAGCAUGGGAAAGGGUCUGUGUUUUGUGAGCUGGAGGUGAUUGGGUGGUUCUAGAGAUCAUUUUGAAAGUUCUGAGUAGAUUCAGUUGUGGCAGAUUUUCUUGGUCUAGGGAGCUGGACUUUGUCCUGAAAGCAAUGAGGAGCCAUGAGAGGAUUUCAGGAAGAUAAAGGGCAUUGCCCAGUUUCCUGCGAUAUGAGAAUAAGUAGAUUGACUGAAAAGAAACUAGGGUCUGACAGCUGUAACAGGUUCCUAGGCAAGAGAUGCUAUGGGUGAAUUAGGGCAGGGCCAGGCUAGGGAGUGCAGGAGUAGGCGGGUGAAUUGACAGGAUGAGUGGGAGGGGGAGGAAGAGGGGGGGAAGAAUAGCUCCUGUGCUCACCCUCUGACACUUAGAUUCUCCAUAAGUUUUUUUUCUUUUUUGUUUUGUGGUUCUAGGGAUUAAACCCAGGCCCUUGUGCAUGCAGGGUAAGCGCUUACCACCGAGUCACACUCCCUCUGCCUCAGUAAAAAUAUUUUGAAUGAACAGUACUAGGAGGCAGGUACUAUUGUGAUCUCUCUUUUGUAAAUGAGGAUUCUGAGGGCCGAAGCGAUUCAGUAACUUGUCCAAGAUCAUACAGUUACCCUGGAAAGUAGGCUCAGGGUGUGUGUGUGUGUGUGUGUGUGUGUGUGUGUGUGUGUGUGUGUUUAAGAACUUUUGACUUAACAGUGCAAAAUGAGCCUAGAGACACCAUCAGGGGCCAGAUCGUGUAGGUCUUGUAAGGAAUUUGGGAUAGGCACAGAAAUAUAAACCUCGCAUUUCUGUUUCCAGCCCAGGAUCUCACCCCUGAGCUCCUGGCUGACUGCCUAUCAGAUACUUCUUUGUUUAUCUAGAAGUAUCUGCACAGUAAUCUGGGUCACACUGAACUACUAUGGCAAUCUCCUCAGUGAUCUUCUUGCUCCCACCCCUCCUGCUACAGUCUGUUCCUCAUAGGAAGCUAGAGGGACUCUAUGAGCACCUGCAUCAGGUCAUAUCCUUCCAGUGCUCAGUACCCUUCCAUAGCACCAUCUCAUUCAAGUGAAAAGCCAAAGUCUUAUCCAUGGUCUGUAAGGCCUUGCACAAUCUGCUCUUCUUAUCUCUCUGACAAGGUGAACUAUCCUUGCUUACUCUGCUCCAGACACAUUGGCCUCAGUGCCUUUGCACUUGCCGUUCCAUUUGCCUGGAAUGCUCAUCUUUCAGAUAAUGUCAGAUUCUUUCCUUCAUCUGCUUUAGGCCUUCACUCAGAUGUCACUUUCUUCUGGAAAUUUUUCCUGAGCAUCUUUCUAAAAUCAUAGGACUAACAUCCAUAUCGACUUUUUCUUCUGGAACUUUUUUCUUCUGUUAAUUAUAUCACUGUUAAUAUACCAUACAAUUUAACUAGUUUAUUCUACUCCUACCCCUAUGCCAGAGAUCAUCAGCUUUAUGUCUACUUUGUGCUUUAUCUGCAAUACCUAGGAGUGCUUGGUGCACAGGAGGGCUCACUAGUUUUAUCAGAUGAACAAUUUCAGAGCAUAGAUUUGGAUUCCAGCAUGAUGGGGAACUCUGUCCAUCCCCUUUCUGUACACCUUAAACUUUUCUGAGGGCCUAAGAUGUUUAACAGAUACUUCAUCCUGCCUCUGCUUUAUGCUUGGUGUUGGGAACACAACAGAGACCAGAAUAGUUUUCUUGCCCCCAAAGAACUCAGUCUCAGCAGUGAGGGUUCAGAAGGUCAAAUAAUUACACAAAUGUGAAAUUACAAAGAAAGGCAGAGGGUGCUGUGUGAACACUUGAUAGGUAGUCUAAUCUGGACCCAAGGAAGAGCUUUGAGGCCAUCAAGGAGUUGGCAUUACUCCAGUAAGGGAGAAGAGUGUGUGAUACUUAGAACCUAGAGGCCGAGGUGGAGCAAGAGGUCAGACUGUGUUACUCCUGUAAGGAGUUUGGGUCCUAGCUGCAUGUGUAGUAGGAAGUUGUAGAGUAAUUUUAAGUAUUAUGCCAGAAGGGAACACAGUGGAUUCUGUAUUUCAAAAAAUUCCUCUACUUUAGCUGAUGUGCCAGGUGUGGGGGUGAUGCCAUCUUUCGUAUCCUAACCCAACAGCCACCUGAUUCUCUGGAGUAGACAAGCCAUCUGAAGGCCCCUCAUCUGCUGAGUCUUGCCCAGACUGCAGAAUCAUAAGCAGAUAACUAGCUGCUAUUUUAUGGUACUGUGUUUUAGGGUCAUUUGUUAUGCAGCAGUGGCUAACAAAAACAGGUUAAUAUUUUUUGAGAUCUUACCACUUUCUAUAUUAGCUCAUUGAAUUCUCAAAGCCACUCUAAGUAGCACUGUUAUUUUUUCUAUUCUACAGAUGAGAAAGUGAAGGCAUGGAGCUGAUAAAGUACUAGCAAGGUACCUGGCCCAUACUACACCCAGAAUAUAUAAUAGCUAUUAUCAGCAUUAGAGUUUUCAUAAUUAUUACAGAAGUGGUAGCCAGGUGAAUACUAGCAUUUUGCACUCACUGCUGUAGGCUAUUUUCUUGGAAGGACUAGUAGAGAUGAAAAGGCGUCAGGUCCUUGGUGAUACUGAUGGAGUGUCAGAUCAGGCCUCAGCUCGAGCAAGUUACUCCUGGACUUUCUCAGCAGGGACUCCAUAUAUCUGUGUGAGCUUCCUAUUACUUGGAACCCUAAACAUCCUAACUGAUCCUAUGUUGUCUUUUUGUGCAUGUGUGUGCAUGCGUGUGGUGUUGGUGAUGAAACUAAGGAACUUACACAUGCUAGGCAAGUGCUCUGCCAUAUAUAUCACCCCCUCCCGCAUCUUAAUUUAUUUUCUGAUUCAUCAGAUAUUGGGUACUUAUUACAUGCCAAACACUGUUUAAGGUGCUAGUGCUAUAAUAACAAGCAAGACACUGAAAAGGCCUAUCCUCAUGAAGCCUACAUUGUAGUGGGCAAGGUGACAGAUAAAUACUGGUGUAAAGAGUUACGAAAUUUGGGGAUUGGAGUGAUAGAGAGUGACAAGUGGGGUUAUUUUGGGUGGAGGGGUUAGAGAUGUGUUUGAGGAAAAUCUUAGUGGAAGACCUGAUCAAAAGGGAGGAAGCCUUUUGUACAAAUAUUUUGUACAAAGUACAAAUAUUUUGAGAGAAAAGGACAUUCUAGUUGGUGGUGGGGUACCCCAGCAUGUUCAGAGGCCCUGGGGCAUAUUUGGUGUGUUUUAGAGGGGUAGAAAGGCCUGAAUGAACAAUGUGGGAGGGAAGGAGACAGGGCAAGGUUACGUGGUGCCUGAUAGGCCAUGGUAAGGACUAGACACUGGUGCUGAGUGGGAUGGGAAGCAAUCAGAAUAUUUAGGCUGAAAUGAUGUGAUCUAAGGUUCUUUCCUCUGGUUGCAGUGUGGAUGCUAGUAGGACUCCAGUGGAGAGGCCACUGCCAUAGUCCGGCUGAGCGAUGCUGGGGGCUUAGCCAGGGUGGUAGCAGAAGAUGCGGUCAGAUGUUGGAUAUAAUUUGAGGGAGAAUUCACAGGACUGGGACUGUUGGUGCGAGAUGAGAAAGAGUAGUCAAGGGCAACCUGAGCAGAAGAAGGAGGGAGUGCUAGUAACUGUAUGGAGAAGACUAAUGGAGGAACUCACUGAGCAAGUGAGGGUUAUUUGUACCAGCCUAGCCUUCCGGUCAGGCCUGGGCUUGGAAGUGGUUGGCAUGUUGGUGGUGUGAAAGCCCAGGAUGAGCUCACUUGAGGGAGAGAGAGUGGAUGGAAAUGAAGUUUGAGAAUGAGAGCAGGGAGGCACAGAAAGAGGUGGGAGCUGCAACCCUGGUGAGAGCUGACGGUGCAUAGACGGAGGCUGGGCAGGGGGUUAUGGAGUUGUUGAAGCCUGGGUAAAUUUGGAAUGCAGGGCCCACAGUGGAUUGAUUGGGAAUAGUGACAGGAGGAAAUGGAAAAGAGCCUCAUGAGAACAUAACAGAACGUGGAUCAGGACCUUGGCUUUCCCCUCCACUCCUGGGCUCUGUGGCCUCUGCUUUGCUUGCUGGCCCUGGGAGAACUGUUGCCCCGAGCCUGUGUGACCGUCCAGUUUUGUUCCCCAUAGGUCUUUGGUCCUCCUUCCAAACUUUCCAUGCAGGAGCUGAAUGGCUGGAAGGUUCCUGCUCUGAUGUGUGAAUGCUGUGAAGGACGGUAGACUGGGCAGCCACCCCAAAUAUUCAUAGUUACAAUGAGUUUCUGACAGUGGGUGUGUGUAGCGGGGUGAGGGGAUCUGAACCUGUUUUGGUAGAUGUGUGGAAUGGACCAUCUGUGUUGCCUCAGGUGUGUCUGGAUUGGGUCAGUGCUGUAGAGGACACUAGGAGAGCUCUGGGCUGAGAAGGGUCAAAGGUCAGGUUGAGGGGAUCCAGGCCCAGCUUCUGCCUGCCUGUAGGUAUUUGCAGUGCGGUCACAGAGAUGAGUUGUUUGCAACUGAGCAGGACUUAGAGAUGAUUGAGUCCGCCUCUGCCCUCAGAGUGCACAGUCCAGCAGCAGACAGCAGUCACAACAGGGACGGGGAGGCCCGGGCAGAGGGUUUGGGACAGGAUAGGGCAGCACAGGGGGCUGUGGAACCCAGAGAUGAUACCUGAUGCCAGUCUGAGGUGUCGGGAAAGACUUCUGGAAGAGGGGACAUGUGAGAUGAGAUGUCAGGAGUCAAAUAAAGGGCAGUUAGGAAUGCAGUCAGUGACUGCUGGUAGCCAAGUUAAUAGAGUCUAGAAAUGUUUUCUGAGCCUUUUUAAAAGAAAAAAAAAUUUUUUUUUAGAUUUGCAGAAAAGCUUCAAAGGCUUCCCAUCUACCUACACUCAGCUUCCCUACUGUCAGCCUCUUAUACAAUUGUGGUAUGACACGUUUGUCAAAGUUGAGAAACUAACACUGAUUAGUGUUCUAUUAAACUCCAGACUUGAUUCACAUUUCUCUCGUUUUUCCACUAAUGUUCUCUUUCUGUUCCAGGAUCCAAUCCAGGAUACCAUGUUGCAUUUAUUCACCAUGUCUCCUUUGUGUCCUCCACUCUGUGACAGUGUCUCAGUCUUAUCUUGUUUUUCAUUACCUUGACAGUUUUGAGGAGUACUGGUCAGGUAUUUUGUAGACACUCCCUCCAACUGGGUUUGUCUGAUGUUUUUUAUAGGUUAGAUUGGAAUUAAAGGUUUUGGGAAGAAUGCUCGCCGAGAUGAUAUUAAUUUUGAUCCCUUCACUAAUGUGAAGCUUUGUAAGCUUCUCAACUGUAAUAUUACUAUUUUUCCUUUUCCUUCCUCUAUUCAUUGGAAGUCAGUUGCUAAAUUCAGCCCACACUCAAAGGGAGGAGUAUUAAGUUCCAGUUCCUAGAGAGAAAAAUAUCAAAAGAACUUGUCUUCAUUUGUUAAAACUACUACAGUGUAUUAAUCUGUUUUCUAUUGCUAUAAUUGUUGUAUCUGAGGCUGGGUCAUGUAUAAAGAAGAGAUUUAUUUAGUUCACAGUUUUGGAGGCUGAAAUCCCAAGAUUGGGUGGCCCCAUUUGUUUGGCCUCUGGUGAGGGCCUCAUGGCAGUGGCAUCGUGGCAGGAGUCACAUGGUGAGACAGGAAGCUGGAGAGUGGGCAGGGCCUGUAACCCACUCACAUGGGAGCUAGUGAGGAUCCCUCCAGGACUACUUAGUCCCUUCCGAGGUGAUGCUCCCAGUGACCUAAUCACCCCCACUAAGUGCCCGCUUACCACCUCUCACAUUACUGCACUGAGAACCGAGCCUCCACACAGACGUUUGAGGGACACCUUCUAACCUUAUCCAAACCACUGCACACAGUAGUUACUAAUAUGGGGAGGAGAUUUUGAGGCUAUGCAAAUGUCCUGUUUCUCCUUAAUGGUUCACUCACUAAUUUUAGCAUUCAUCAGUGGAUCUCCUGUAGCAAUUAUUGCUGUGGUAUUCUAACAAUAACUUCCUAUUUUCCUCUUGCGUUUACAUUUACUGUUUUCAGUUCUAUAUGGAAUAUUUUCCCUUUCUGUAUGUGUUUCACUUAAACAGUGAUAUCAGUAUGGACUCAUGGAUAUUUAUUAUGUUCUUUGGGUAUAAGCCAAUGUUAUUGUAAGUCUCUCCCCCUCCCACCCCAGGUUGUUUUAGUUUUGGUCAUCAGGACCCUUUCAGAUUGGCUCUUAUGUUUUUUGUUUGUUUAGUUUUUUGAGAUAGAGUCUUGCUGUGUAAUUCAGGCUGGCCUUGAACUCACUCUGUAGCCCAGGUUGGCCUUGAACUCACAGCAUCCUCCUGCCUCAGCCUCCCAAGUACGGGGAUCACAGGCGUGCACCACCACACCUGGUUCUUGUGUUCUUUUUUGUUUUUCUUAAGCACCUUCUUCUAGCACAGCAAGAUAGAUAUCCCUGGCUUAUAUUGGAUUUUCCUUUUAUUGGAGAAUGGUAUUAGAAACUAAGGUCUAAGCACAGGCAUGCUCAUUGUUACUGGAAUGGCACUGUUUCUUAUCUUCAGCUGGCAGAACUGGGGAAUCAGAGCAUGAGUACAAACCCAUGUGUGUAUAUAUCUCUGUAUUUGUGUGUGUGUGUGUGU